CUAAAACUCUGGUUCUGCGGCAGAGAGGGUCAAACGAGGACGGUUUUGAGAGGAAGAUGGCGGGCAGUACAGCAACAGUCACCUGCAAAGUUAUUACUUUGAUUGUCGCAGUUUGCGUCGACCUGUCCUUGUUUUACGCAUCAGGAUUUGCGGUGGCCAACAGCGUCUUCGGGCAUCUUGCGCGUCUUUGGGUCUGUGCGGUUCUUCGGUUCUUGGCACUAAGUGCUGUAACUGUGCUGAGCCUCGGACACCUCACACCGUUACUGAUCCGUUUUAUAACAGCGCACAGUUUGCUGCCCGCCGUGUUAGAGACCGGCACCAAAGCGCUGUACCAUGAGGAGACGCAGUGUGGCUUACUGCCGGAUACGCGCUGCUGGCUGAUGGGCGCCGGAGCGUCGCUGGCUGCUGCGCUGUUUUGGGAGAUCACCGUCCCGGACAGCGACGAUGCAGAGGCGGGGAAAGAGACGAAGCAGAAGGCCAGAGAGCUGUUUAUGAGAGUGCUGUACUUAUACAAACCCGACUAUCUCCUGCUGCUUGCUGGGCUUGUCUUCCUGACGUUGGCUGUUCUAUGUGAGAUGUUCAUCCCAUUCUACACUGGGCGAGUCAUCGACAUCCUCGGCAGUCACUACCAGCCAAAUGAAUUCAUAUCUGCCGUCCUCUUCAUGGGCCUGUUCUCUCUGGGCAGCUCUGUGAGUGCAGGCUGCAGAGGAGGCGUCCUACUUUGUGCCAUCAGUUCCUACACAUGCAGAAUAAAAGUCAAGCUGUUUGGGGCUUUGACCAAACAGGAAAUUGGAUUCUUUGAGACCACAAAGACAGGUGAAAUCACGUCCAGGUUGUCUAAAGACACCAACUUGAUGGGAAGAACUGUGUGUCUGAACGUCAACGUGCUGCUCAGGACAUUCAUCAAGACAAUGGGCAUGAUCUCCCUGAUGAUGAAUCUUUCAUGGAAGCUCACGUUCCUCGUGUUGAUGGAGACGCCCAUCACAGGCCUCAUUCAGAACAUCUACGACACACAUUACCAGAGGCUGUCUCUUGCAGUGCAGGACUCCAUCGCUCAAGCGAAUGAGGCUGCGAACGAGGCAGUGUCCAGUAUCCGUGUUGUGCAUAGCUUUAACACAGAAAAACAUGAGGCCCGUCGCUAUGACGACCGCUUGAUGGACACACACACCCUGAAGACCAGACGGGACACUGUCAGGGCGAUUUACCUGCUCGCUCGGAGGCUGACAGGUUUGUGCAUGCAGAUCUUCAUGUUGUACUACGGCAGGCUGUUCAUCCGGAGCGGACAGAUGACCACUGGCAACCUGGUUUCCUUCAUCCUCUACCAGUCAGACCUUGGAGACAACAUCAGGACACUCACCUACAUCUUCGGCGACAUGCUGAACUCAGUGGGGGCUGCUGGGAAAGUGUUUGAGUACCUGGACCGAAAACCUCAGGUCAGCACAGAGGGGACGCUCAAACCUGAUCGGCUGUCAGGACACAUCAGCUUCUGCAAUCUCAGCUUCGCCUAUCCUGCGUAUCCUGACAAAACAGUGCUGCAGGACUUUUCUUUGGAGCUGAAGUCGGGUCAGAUGACGGCACUUGUGGGUCCAUCUGGAGAAGGAAAAAGCACCUGCGCGAGUUUGCUGCAGCGAUUCUAUGAGCCGCAGGAUGGAGAGAUCCUAUUGGACAACGAACCACUGAAAUCCUAUGAUCACCGUUUCCUCCACAAGAAGAUUGCAGUGGUGAGCCAGGAGCCUGUUCUCUUCUCUGGCUCCAUCAGAGACAACAUCGCCUACGGGCUGACUGACUGCUCAUUGGAUGAGAUCCAGGAAGCCGCACGCAAAGCCAACGCCCACGAUUUCAUCAAGCAGCUAGACAAAGGCUACGAUACAGAGGUGGGUGAAGGUGGCAGCCAGUUGUCCAAGAGCGAGAAGCAGCGGAUCGCCAUUGCUCGAGCUCUGGUCAGACAGCCGCAGCUCCUCAUCCUGGAUGAAGUAACCAGCUCUCUGGAUGCUGAGAGUGAAAAUAAGGUUCAGCAGGCCCUGGCUAACUGUCCUAACCAGACGCUGCUGGUGAUCGCUCACAGGCUGAAGACCAUCGAGAAGGCGGACCAGAUCGUUGUUAUUGGUGACGGCAGAGUUCAGGAGCGAGGGACUCACCGGGAACUGAUGGACAGGAAGGGGAGCUACUACAAACUGAGAGAGAAGCUCUUCACUGAGGGAAACUCACCACAGAGACAACCUGAUGCUGUGGCUUAAUGUGAACGAUACUGUGACAGAGUCGAUGUGUAUGUAUGUGACAGACAGGAGGUAAAACAGAAAGAGCCAGCUGGAGUGUGUGUAAAUAUUUUGUAUAGAUUAUGAGAAUUAAACUGUUUGGACCAAUUUGUUUGUUUGUUUUUUUCUUGUUUUUUUUUUGUGCCUUUGAAAUCACAACUUAUCUGUUCUUAUUCAUUUUGGAGACUGUAAAAAUGACAUUUGUAAAUUAAUUAAAUUAAACAUAUUUUCUGAUGGAUGUGUCA